GUUAAAUACCUGUACUCCCUCCUUUACUCCGUCGCCUAACUCGCGCCUGGAACCGCCGAUCUUCUAUUCCAGAAGGCUGAAUCAGACGGAGAAGCAGUCUUCGUUGUAACUGGAGAGAAUGUCGCCUUAGAAGGUGCCAACAUCGGGGAAGAAGGCCGUACGUAUUGCUUGAGAAGAAGGCAUCCCGCCUUCGCUAGAGGGUCCGGCUGUUUUUGCUGGAGUACUCGCCAACGACGGAGAAAAGGUCUCCAGAUAAGCUCUGUGAUAGCUUAGCGGAGGAGUGAUUUGAAAGAGAGGGAGGGCGAGGAUGCCACAGGUGAGGAUUGUCGCGAAGAACUUUAUGGACAUGGUGGCAGUGCUACCUGCCAUGAAGCUUGACAAGCUCUACGAGAGUACCUUUAUCUGUGAGGCUGUGCUCAGGUCUUUGCCACCUUUGGCUAAGAAGUAUGCUUUGCAAAUGCUAUUUAUUGAAUCCCCAGUUACAGCCAAGUCAUUUGAAGAGUGGGUUUUGCCAGAUGGAUUCUCUAAGCAUAGAGUGGCAAUUGAACGGUUAUUGCAGCUGAGAGUUUUUCUUGAAACUAAUGAUAGGAAGAAGGAGACCAGUUACACAAUGAAUCCUAAGUUCCAGAGUAACAUGCGAAAGUACUUGGUACAGGGUGGAACUUUACCUAGAGAGCCAAUGUCCUUGGGUGUAACAGUGAGAUUACCAACUUUGGAGGACUUGGAAGCCUACGCACACAAGCAAUGGGAGUGUUUCUUGUUACAACUCAUAAAUUCAGCUCAAGCACAAAGGUUGACAAAUUUCAGUUCGUCUAUGAUUAGAGUUUUUCAGCGUGGCCUUCUAAGUUCAAGAGAAAAUGAAGCUCCAAGGUUAACUGAGAAUGGUUUCCAAUUCCUGCUAAUGGAUACAAAUGCUCAACUUUGGUAUAUAAUAAGAGAAUACAUUACAACUUCUGAGGACCGUGGAAUAGAGCCCACUGAUCUGAUAUCGUUUCUACUUGAGCUAAGUUUUCAUUCACUGGGAGAGGCUUAUAAUAUGAACAGUCUUACUGAUGUGCAAUGCAAAGCUAUCAAGGACCUUGCAGACUUAGGAGUAGUGAAACUCCAGCAGGGAAGGAAGGAAAGUUGGUUUAUCCCGACCAAAUUGGCUUCCAAUCUUUCUAUUAGCUUGUCAGAUUCAUCUUCACGCAGGCAGGGAUUUGUGGUCGUGGAAACGAACUUCAGGAUGUAUGCAUAUUCUACAUCCAAAUUACACAGCGAGAUUCUACGCUUAUUUUCAAGGAUUGAAUACCAACUUCCAAACCUUAUUGUUGCGGCAAUAACGAAGGAAAGCCUAUAUACAGCUUUUGAAAAUGGAAUCACUGCUGAUCAGAUUAUUUCUUUCCUUCAGCAGAAUGCUCAUCCUCGAAUUGUAGAAAGAGUACCAACAGUGCCAGAGAAUGUCACUGAUCAGAUUAGGUUAUGGGAAACAGAUCGAAACAGGGUUGAGAUGAUUCCUUCACAUAUUUAUGAAGAUUUUCCAUCAAAGGAGGUAUUUGAAGGAGCCGCUGACUUCGCACGGGAGGUUGGUGGUUUGCUAUGGGAAGACUCGAACAAAAUGCGGUUGAUUGUUCGUGGCGAACUGCACCAACAAAUGAGAGAUUUCCUCCGUCGCUCUAAGUAGAAGACUAAUGAUUUUUUGUUUCUGGAAGAGCACUUGCAGACUUGCUGGAAAUGACUUGCCCUCUGCAUCCGUAGAAUUUCAUUUCAUUGAUUUCACAGGCAUUAUAAAGAUAAAUUAUAAUGCACCAGGAGUAGCGGUUUACAGUGAAUUUGGUGCUUUUUAUUGUUCAAUGGCCACUGGUUAGUGCUUGUAGCUAAAAUGCUUGUAGUAGUUAUGAACAUGUUUCAACCUUAGUUCACAAUUGACUUUAACCAAAUGCAUUCCAUUCAUUUUUAGUGUCCAUAAUAUGUAAAUAAUAUUAUCAACUGAAUUCAUUAAAAUAAUUUCAAUGAAUGAAUCCUAUCAAAUAA